AUGGCUUUGACUCUGACCGAUUUCGUCAAACUUGUAGGUGCCGUGAUCAUCCCACCUUUGGGUGUGUUUUUGGAACGUGGAUGCACGUGUGACUUGCUGGUGAACAUCAUAUUGACGUGUCUGGGCUACAUCCCUGGUAUUGUGCAUGCGGUGUAUAUCAUUCUCAAGUACUAA